AUGAGCCCUCUCGCUCCAGAACAGGUGGUCUCCUACCACAAGAAUGGCUACCUGCUCCUCCGCGCCCCCGAGCACCAGCUGGUCGACCCGGCCGAUCUCAAAAAGUGGACCGGGGAGAUCCAGGCCUGGCCCCGGGUCAAAGGUAAAUGGAUGCCUUAUGACGAGAUCAAUAUGAACGGCGAGCGCCAACUGAUGCGCACGGAGCGAUUUAUCGACUUUAAUCCUCAAUACAAGGACCUUGUGUGUGGCAAGAAGCUCGGUCAGAUUCUGAAGGCUGUCUCUGAUAUGCUUCUUUUCAAAUACAAAAUCAAUUACAGGCAGCCUCACGGCAACGGUUUCAAAGCCCACCUCGAUGCCCCUGCAUAUGACCAUAUCGGCCGUAUUGAGCAUGUCACUGCGAACCUCGCAAUUGACGCUGCCACCAUCGAGAGUGGAUGCUUCUUGGUGGUCCCCGGAUCCUACAAGAUGGUUGCAGAGUUUGUCCAAGGUGGUUCAAACCACCCCGGAACCGAUCAUUCGAGAUUGGGACUUUAUGCCACCUUCCACUCGAAAAACGAUGGGUUGGACUUGAGGGAAAGGUACUACAAACAUCGGACGGAGAUGUUUCCUCCUGAGCAUGAACGAGAGGAGGGUAAAGAUUACUCACAAGGCUACAAGACUUACGGAUUCGCAGCACCUUUUACCAGCAUUGACCAGGCCAAGGUGGUUCCUCCUCAAGAUGUGACUGGACAAUCUUGA